AUGGUCAAGAUCGCAAUUGCUGGUGGCGCCGGUAACGUAGGCCAAGAGGUUAUCGACGCCCUCCUCGCCAGGAACAAGCAUGAAAUUCUCAUUUUAUCACGAAAGGACGCACCCGAAACUGAGAUCGCCCCAGGUGUAAAAUGGGCCAAGACUAGUUACCAAGAUAUCGACGAAUUGGUCAAGAUCCUGGAAGGUGUUCACACAGUCUUGUCUUUCAUGUCUGUAGGGCCUGCAGGAUUGGAAGGUCGACCUCAAGAGAACUUGAUUGAUGCUUCGGUGAAGGCUGGCGUGAAACGCUUUGCACCCAGCGAAUGGGCGUCAGCUAAGAUCGACCACUUCCCCUGGUAUGACUUCAAGAGAUCAGCCCGAGAAUAUCUGGCAGAGAUCAACAAGGAGGAAAAGGUCAUCGAGUAUACACUCUUCCAUUUCGGACUUUUCACCAACUACAUGACUUACCCGUACAAGUCAUCCAAGCAUGUGACUCUUUUUGAGACACCCAUCAACUUCAACGACUGUAGAGGCCUUGUUGUUGACGAUGGUGAGGCUGUCAUCACACUUGUUACUGCCCAAGAUGCAGCCAAGGUGACUGCUCUGGCUGUUGAGUAUGAAGGAGAAUGGCCUAUCAUCAGUGGUAUCAAAGGGACGGAUAUCACGAUGAACCAGCUAGUUGCACUGGGCGAGAAGAUCCGAGGCAAACCAUUCAAGGUUGAGAACCUGAAGAGCGAGGAUCUCGAAGCCAAUAUCAUUAAAGCUUCUUAUUUGCCAAUGCCAGAGCACCCGUCAAUUCCAGUUGAAGUCCGCAGAGGCUAUGCAAGUACGAUCAUCAAAGGAAUACUUCUCGGAUUCAAGGAUGGUGCUAUGCAGAUCUCUGAUGAGUGGAACAAGCUUUUGCCCGACUUUGAGUUUACUCAGCCUGAGGAGUUCUUGACUAAGGCUUGGGCUGCCAUUGACGCUGGCCAGACGAGUGUAUUCACGGAUUACUAG